CCGCCCCUCGACAUCCUCCAAAUCUUGUGGACAUUCCAACUCCAAAUCCCCUCGUCGGAAGCCGCCCUAUGACCCUCCAAGCAUGAACGCCCAAAGACACUCUCGCCGCAAUCCUGAGCACGGAAACUCCGCAAAGCCCUACCACGAGACGCCGUCCUCACUAAGCAACAAAACACCAACCGCACCAACACGCGAUGUUUGCCCGGCGGAUUCUGGCUUUGUUUCGAUGUUAGAAUCCAGAGAAAGUCUUACGGUGCAAAAUGAUAGCAAAGGCCACCCGCCAGCAAAGCAGAAAGGUCGCUCGAUAUCCGGGACAGAAUUUUAUAUAUUCAAGAGCGGGGGUAAGGAAGAGGCACGGAAGCACUACGAUAGUGUCAGCCCGGCCAUUGACGCUCUCCUGGACCGCGAGGUUGCAGAGAAGGGCCAUGAUCCUUCUUGUGCUAUGAUCUUGCGAUUGGCAGUCAUCGGCAAAACACAAGAAGACGCGCGCUAUUGGGUCGUCGUGUUCGGUAGGCCCGAGCUGGAGGAAACAGUUCGCACUUUCUUCGGCUCGGCACAAAUCGCCCCCCUCCUCGACCCUUCUGACGCUCCCAGCCUUCCUUUCAUGUUUAUUGCUAGGAACCCGACGAUGCGAUCCGCUCUCCUCGAUGUUGACGUCUGCUGUCAUGACUCAUUUGGGUCUAAUUGUACGACCUACUGCGGCGCUCCAAUACUGCUGAGGGCUGGAACAAAAGGCACCCAUCGGAGAACAAAGCGACAAGCUACUUUUGGAGGAGUCAUUAAGGUUACCUAUACUGACGGUGAUUCCCGAAUGUAUGGGUUCACUGCUGGACAUGUUAUUCAAGACCUGGAACGGCAAAAGGAUGCUUCGGUUUCGGAAACCGCCGAGAGUAAUCCCCCAGGGGCUGGCGCUUUUGCAGAGGAUGCUUGGAUAUGCGAAUACAACGCAUUGGGCCAUGUUCUAGACCCAAAGCGGCUGCCAGGUGUAGCCGCGGGAUGUGCGAAGCCAUCCCAUGACUGGACGCUGUUUGAAGUCGAAACUCCUCGGCCUAACGACGCUCUCUCUAUCAACCCCUAUGAACAACUAGCAGCAGGCGGGGAUAACCUCGCGCGUGGAAUCCUGGGCGUAGCACGGCCGAAAUUUCACGAUGGGCUCUCGGAAGAAGUCUUACUGCUAGGGGGUAUGCAGGGGAUCCGCCGCGGCGAGUUAUCCAGUCUUCCAGCACGCAUAUGGGUCAGCCUGAGCGAGGGAUAUGUCAGCGCAUAUCCGCUCGAGCUCCAAGACGGCACUAUUGAAGAUGGGGACUCUGGCGCUUGGAUAGUCCACCAUGCCAGCCCAGAGCUCUAUGGCCAUGUAGUCGCCACUGACGCCUUUGGGGACGCAUACAUCAUACCCGCUCCAGAUACGCUUGAGAACAUCAGGGAAUGCACCGGAGCUGUCUCCGUCACACUUCCUGAUCGUCACGAUUUCACAUCUACGGAGCCUGAGAGAAACCACACCGAGCAGGCCACUUCACAUCUCCCGCCAAGCUUUGAGCAAGGCUCUCUUCAGGACAGGUACAUCUCGGAUAGCUCCAUCCACUCAAUGAAACUGCACAAAUCCUUCAUUGGCCGCAAAGAAUAUCAGCACGAUCACAGGAAAGCCUGGCCGGAGUUCUCCAAUCGUCGCUAUGGCCUUGAAGACAAAUCCUAUGUUCAAUUUAGAAGAGAAAUUGGCGAAGAUGGCGAUACCCUAGACAUCUUCUUAGGCAGAGACAGCUUCGAUUCCCGCCCUUCACCUGCAAUCGACGACAUUGCACAAUUUUGUAGGGGCAUUUCUGUGCAAGAUGUCACCCUAGGGGCACUGUUCCGACGGCCUCGACGAGCGGCAUGGCUCGAUGACCGUAGCGAAGUUCUUUCAUCGCCCGAAGUGGCCCGGACCUUUAUGGGCCCAUUGACCGAAGUGGCCCGGAUCUAUAGGAACCCAUUGACCGCAAAUGAACUGCUUGAGCAUUUGCGGAGACCUCGUUACGGGUCGGAAAACCUUCCAGAUGCAGACAGGCGACUUAUGUAUUUUUUUCUCUCCAGUCCUUCUUGAAUUGGUCUAAACAGUGCUGAUUCUAUCUAACAGUUACAUCAGCGACCUCGAUCCAAAUUAUAUUCUGGCGCUUGCGGAGACGAUUCCAUAUCAUGCGAGAAAGCGGCUGA